CGGUGGAAGGAUUGCAAGGAAGCAGAGAAAACGAGCGAAUCAUUUCGCAGAUUCGAGAAUUUCAUAAGUUCUUUGGCUGUUCCCACGAAUGCAAAAACAUGAAACAACCGAGAGCCGGUCGUAUCGUCCCGGGAUUGGAGAUCCUGCUGCUGGUGGUGGCAAUGGUGACGUUGCUGCUCGCAGUCACCAUUCCAGCGACGCAUGCUCGCAGGACAACCCUUACGGCGCAGGACACAACCAGGAAGCCCAGCACCACGACCACCCUCACCACCCCCGACUCACGACCAUCAAAACCAGGACACGGCUCGGGGCAGCAUCCACCGGAUGAGACUAAAACGGAUGGUAACGCCGGAACGAGCGUAGUUGUGCACUGGAAGCUGACCUGUGAACAGCUCUGCAGUGCGGGACUUUGUGGUCCCAGCUGCGGGGCGUCAUGGUUGCGUCCCACAACUACCGAACCCAAUCCACUGCCGCUGGAUGAUGCAACACUCGACGAAGUUUGUCCAACGCUCUGUGCCAACGAUCUGGGUGUCUCCAAGUGCAAAUGCAAAAGCCACAAACUGCGCGGUCACAGCAACCACGAUCUCGUCUGUGUUGCGUUCUGUUCGGCGGCCAACCUGCAACUCAACGGUUGCAGUAGCUGCGACGGAUCGGACGCACCGUCAACCGCGAGCGAACCAGUGCGCAAUGCGAUGGAGGCUAUCCAGACCACGACACCGAACUGGGAUGAGCUGUGUUCCGUUUUCUGCAAAAUGGGAGACGGCGGAACACUUUGCAAUUGUGAUCUGCCACCAUUCUUCUAGAUCCACGCGUCGAUUUAACCUAUGAUUUCCUUCCAUUCAUCGCUCUGUGUGUGUCUGGGUGCGAGCGCGCGUGAAUCUGCAAAUAGAAACACCAAACACACCGACUUCAAUUCCGUUAAUUCUUCUUUUGCGGCAGUGGUUAUGGGGGAAAAGAGGUGUCCAAAUGGUCACCCGAACAGUGCACGAAGAGGUGGGUUGUUUGACGAUGCACAUUUCAUCACAACAUAUCAGGAGUGGGCAAAGGCCGGCCGAUGACCGGUCGGUCGGUCUGUUGCAUCCUCUCUUACCGUGAAAAUCACUCAGUUCCUUCCGUUGGUAUUCUUCAGAGCGAGAGAGCGAGGUUAGAAGAAGAAAAAGAAGAAGAAGAAGAAGAAGAAAAAGAAGGAAGGUUUAGCUGAACAACAUUCAAACAAAAAAUGACAAAUAUCACUCAAAGGGGCUUCCAGGUGGCAGGGGAUGUUAGAGAGAAAAAAAGAAGUAGUUGCCGAUGCAGCGUAUGUUAGAUGACGCCCCAGAUUGAAUCGGUUACGACGUCGCAAACGUCGCAAUCCAAUUCCUGAGGUUGAGGAGGUUCGAGCGAGUAGCGACUAGUAAUGUAGUGUUUGCACAAGUUCUCAGUUCUAGCGUAACGUCUUGGUCUAGUUUAGAAUUGUUGCGUUCCUCGAUUAUAAUCCCGUCAAGCGGCCUGAGGGGGUAUUUCCUCCCCAGUGCCACGGUGACAAGAAAAUUAAACUAAGAAAACUCCUACUCCGGAUCGGCCGGGAUCCCAUCCUCGACUGAUAAGGGCGUAGGACGUUGACUACCCUUCCGCGUGUCAAUUUGUUUAGGAUUAAUUCUCUUACGAAACCUACGUUUCUGUGCGGUGGAAGCGCAUCUUACCGAGACGCGCGCAGCAGAAGAACUGAGUAAUGGAGUGCGAGUAUGUUUGUGCGUUACUGUGCGUGUGUGAAAGAAUGUACGAGUUGUGCGUGUGUGUAUGCACACGCGAGUGACUAGUUUCCUGACCGUUUUCAACGCAGAUAAGUUUCUCCUUGCCUCUAGAAACCAUCCAUUCCCAAAGAUCCCUUUUCCAAUCCUUCCCUUAUGCUACCCCUGAAUUCAGGAGGGAGAUGUCCAACUAAAGUGAAGUAUGUUAAAUACUUCAAACCACAUCAUACCACAUCAUUCAUGAUCAUGCAUUUGAAACAAAGACACGACAAGAACGAGCCAAGCGGCUACACGAACCAUCAUUAUUCAUUCAUUCAUUCAGACAUCAUCUCCACACAGGUGGACACUUCAUUAUUAGAAUGAGGACGCCAUCGCCAUUUGGCACAUAAUGGGGCAGAGGAGAAGGUGUAAAAUUUCUUUCGAAAUUCGAAUUGCAAUCCUAUAAAACAAAUUGCAAAACGCUGUGAAAGACAAUAAAUCCCAAAUAAAUACAAAUUUGGAACAAUACCCUCGAGUGGGGUGAGGAGUAACGGGCGAGGUGGUAGGAUUAAACAAAAAAAAAACAAACAAACAAAACAAACAUGCGCUAAACUAUCCUAACCAGCUAAUGAACAGAACAA